GUAGAAAGUGUGAUCUGUACACUGGAUCGAAUACAGGAGAGGAGGAGAAAUGAAAGUGAAUGAGGGCGAAAUAUCGGAGGUGGUAGGUGUGGUGAAGUUCUCGGAGCCCGAGGAUUACACGGAGGGUCAGGAUAAAGAUGAGUCUGUGACCGUAGGAGGGAAAUUGGGGAAAAAGUAGACCCUUGCCUUUUGGCUGAUCCAUUUGUGGUUUCAGGGUGGGUGAAAAUGGAGUUGGGUGGUGUGGAAUCGAUGAAGGUAACCCGAAGAGGUCUUGUGAUUGUUUGUUUCUGUUGGGUCAGAAGAAGCAGGCGCUCCGCGUCAAACGUCUGGGGACAGGAUAUGUGGAUUGUUUCGCUCUCAAAUAUAUGGCGCCAUUAAAAGGAGUGAUUACUGGGGCAGCGGUAAAUGUGAAAGUGGACCACCUGAAGCCAGGGGAAGAUUCCCGGUGUUUGUGAUGCUCUUCGUUUGGUGCGACGCAGACUGUGUGGCUUGAGUGGAGAAACAGAAGAGUUGUUGUGUUCUUUUGAGUUUGAUAUUGAGUCGUUGCCGGGCAAAGUGACGUUAUAAUAUCAGUUAUACCUGUACGAGCUUUUGUACCGAAUACAUUACGAUGUUAACGUUACAGGUGUGUCAAGCUAAUGGGCAUGUGGCAGCAGUGUAGGAGGGAGGUUCCUAGGUGUGCAGAAGGGCAUGAGACAAAGAGUGGAGCUUGGUGCUGUCACAUUCUCAGACUCAGCUGAGAUGUCCACCCCAGACCCCCCCAUGGGAGUGACGCCUCGGCUGGGCCCCUCUCCAGGACCGGGGCCUUCUCCAGGAGCCAUGAUAGGACCCAGCCCUGGUCCCCCAGCCUCUGGGCACUCCCACCCACAACAGGGGCCCUCAGUAUAUCCUCAUGAGAAUAUGCAUCAGAUGCACAAACCUAUGGAAGGCAUGCAUGAGAAGGGCAUGUCUGAUGACCCUCGCUAUGGACCGAUGAAGAGCAUGGGCAUGAGACCAGGUGGAGGCCACAUUGGAAUGGGACCCCCUCCUAGCCCCAUGGAUCAACAUUCUCAAGGCUACCCCUCUCCACUGGGGGGUUCUGAGCACUCUCCCAGCCCUGUGCCAGCCAACGGCGCUUCACCCUGCCCCAUGAUGCCCUCUGGCCCAGGUGUCCCCAUGGAGGUUGGUGACCCCCAGGCCAUGGGCCAGCAGAACCGCGUUGGUGUCCUGAGUGGUGGUUCUGUGCCAGGUGGGGUUGAGCCAGGUGGACCCACCCCCUUCAACCAAAACCAGCUACACCAGCUCAGGGCCCAGAUCAUGGCCUACAAGAUGCUGGCUCGCAGUCAGCCCCUGCCAGACCACCUGCAGAUGGCUGUGCAGGGCAAGAGGCCUAUGCCAGGGAUGCAGCCAGAGAUGCCCAACAUGCCCCCUUCGUCUGGGCCUGGGGCGGGGCCUGGACAGCCACCAGCAAACUACAACAGACCACUUGGAAUGGUAGGCCCAAACAUGCCUCCUCCAGGACCCUCAGGUGUUCCCCCUGGUAUGCAGGGACAGCCCACCAAUGGACUCCCUAAACAAUGGCCCGAAGGGCCCAUGGUGAAUGCUGCUGCUCCAUCCAGUGCCCCCCAGAAGCUGAUUCCCCCACAGCCCACUGGGAGACCCUCCCCGGUGAUGCCCCCUCAGACCCAAUCCCCUGGGCAGUCCCCCCAGCCCUUGCCCAUGGUGCUGCACCAGAAACAGAACCACAUAACGCCCAUCCAGAAGCCCCUUGGCCUGGACCCAGUGAAGAUCCUCCAGGAGAGAGAGUACAGGCUGCAGGCUCGAGUGCUGAGGCGCGUAGCGAGUAAAAAUCGUCUGUCCUCCGUUGCAACACUCACUACUGAGUUUCAAACUGCCUCUGGAAGCAACGUCAGCACAAGAACUGUUCGUCGGGAGCUUCAUGAAAUGGGUUUCCAUGGCCGAGCAGCCACACACAAGCCUAAGAUCACCAUGCGCAAUGCCAAGCGUCGGCUGGAGUGGUGUAAAGCUCGCCGCCAUUUUGUGGCUGAACAGGGAGUGCAGGAGGGGACUCGGCACGCACCCCUGGAGCGGCCCCAUUUCGAGGGUCAGUGUGGCUGA